AUGGCGGCGACGGUGGCGAUUUCAGGCAUCUCUUCACGGCCUUUGGUUGCUCUUCGACGCUCUAGAGCCGCCGUUUCGUACAGUUCUUCUCAUCAUCGAUUGCUUCGUCAUCGUCUUCUCUCUUCUCCUCGCUUGGUCUUCAGGAAUGUUCAUAAAGUCCAAGCAACGAUUUUGAAAGACGAUGAAGAGAAAGUGGUGGUGGAGGAAUCGUUUAAAGCAGAUACUUUUACUGGUAAAGAAGCAAUUGAAGAGCCAGAUAUGAGUUCUUCAACUAGUGCUCUGGAAUCAUGGAUCAUCAAGUUUGAGCAAAGGGUGAAUGUCUUACUUACAGACUCGGUGAUAAAGAUACUUGACACAUUGUACCGUGACCGAACCUAUCCAAGGUUCUUUGUUCUUGAAACAAUUGCUAGAGUGCCUUAUUUUGCCUUUAUGUCUGUGUUACAUAUGUAUGAGACCUUUGGUUGGUGGAGGAGAGCAGAUUAUUUGAAAGUUCAUUUUGCCGAGAGCUGGAAUGAGAUGCAUCACUUGCUCAUAAUGGAAGAAUUGGGUGGGAAUUCAUGGUGGUUUGAUCGUUUUCUGGCCCAGCACAUAGCAACCUUUUAUUACUUCAUGACGGUGUUCUUGUAUAUCGUAAGCCCGAGAAUGGCAUAUCACUUUUCGGAAUGUGUGGAGAGCCAUGCAUAUGAGACUUAUGAUAAAUUUCUCAAGUCUAGUGGAGACGAGUUGAAGAAGUCGCCUGCACCAGAUAUCGCAGUAAAAUACUAUACCGGAAGCGACUUAUACUUAUUUGAUGAAUUCCAAACAUCCAGAGCUCCCAAUACUCGAAGGCCCGUAAUAGAGAAUUUAUACGAUGUGUUUGUGAACAUAAGAGACGAUGAAGCGGAACAUUGCAAGACAAUGAGAGCUUGUCAGACUCUGGGCAGUCUCCGUUCUCCACACUCCAUUUUAGAAGAAGAUGACGAUUGUAAUGAAGAAUCAGGCUGUAUUGUUCCUGAAGAAGCUCAUUGUGAAGGUAUCGUAGACUGCAUCAAGAAAUCCAUUACGAAUUAA